AAUAGCAACAAAAAUCAGUUGGUGUCUCAGACCGCAGCAGUGCACAGAGAAGCCUCUGGAGCCGUCACAGGAGCCAGCAUGGUGAAGUUUGCACCGCUGUUCCUGCCAUGGGAGCGCAGGCUACAGACCUUCAUGGUCCUGCAGUGGGUCUUCUCCUUCUUGGUCCUGGCCCAGAUCUGCACUGUGGUCUUCAUAGGCCUCCUGUUCACAAGAUUCUGGUUGGUCAGUGUCCUGUACGCGAUCUGGUGGUACCUGGACCUAGACAAGCCACGGCAGGGGGGCAGGCCCAUCCAAGCCCUAAAGCGCUGCUUCUUGUGGAAGUACAUGAGGGACUAUUUCCCUGUCUCGCUGGUCAAGACUGCUGAGCUGGACCCCUCCCGGAACUACCUUGCGGGCUUCCACCCCCACGGGGUCCUGGCGGCCGGAGCCUUUGUCAACCUGUGCACAGAGAGCACGGGCUUCCCUUCGCUCUUCCCCGGAAUCCGUCCCCAUCUGAUGAUGCUGAGCCUUUGGUUCCGGGCCCCUUUCUUCAGGGAUUACAUCAUGUCGGGGGGGCUGGUCCCAUCGGACAAGGAGAGCGCUGCUCACAUUCUGAGCAGGAAGGAAGGUGGUAAUCUGCUGGCCAUCAUUGUGGGGGGUGCCCAGGAGGCUCUGAACGCCAGGCCCAGCUCCUCCACACUGUUGCUACGGAACCGCAAGGGCUUCGUCAGGCUCGCCCUGAUGCACGGGGCAGCCCUGGUGCCGAUCUUCUCCUUCGGGGAGAAUGAGCUCUUCGACCAGGUUGAGAACUGUCCCGGGUCCUGGUUGCGCCGGAUCCAGAACCGGCUGCAGAAGAUCAUGGGCGUCUCCCUCCCGCUCUUCCACGGCCGUGGCAUCUUCCAGUACAGCUUCGGCCUCAUACCCUACCGCCAGCCCAUCACCACCGUGGUGGGGAAGCCCAUUGAGGUGCAGAAGACACCGUACCCCUCGCAAGAGGAGGUGGACAAGCUGCACCAGCGCUAUAUUAAGGAGCUGUGCAACCUCUUCGAAGCCCACAAGCUCAAGUACAAUGUCCCCGUGGACCAACACCUGGAGUUCUGCUGAGUGCCUCCCCAGAAGGUUGGCCUUAGGGAGCCCAGCGGGAGGUGCUGUGAUCUGAGAAGUCUUCCGGGAGGCAUCUUUUGAACAUAUCUUCACAGCCUUCCCAAACUUCCGCAAAUCCAACCACGCCAGGACUCCAAGUGGCGAGUGGGAGCGGUCACCAGGCUCUGGCGUGGGUGGUUUGCACCCCUGCUGCGAAACCCCUGCGAGCCUCCCUCUCCUCAGCCUGUUCCUCUGGGAAUGGGAGAGAUGGCUGGAAGAGAGGAAUUUCUGAGGUUUCGGUCCCCUGUUGUCAUGUCACUCAAGAGCCAGAGUGGCAACCGUCACCAGGUUUUUCUUCCUUGACCUUGAGUAACAGCGCAAAAGAAGCCUCCUGCUCCAGCCCCGUCUCCUACAAGCUCCUUCAUCCUGCUCCCUGGAUGUCCCCACUCUUCCCUCCCUGCGCCGGGGGGGGGGGGUGGCCUUGAAACCUCUGCGUUCUUGCUAAGCACUUUUGCGUUUUGGGGUCCUCUGAGCUGUAGACUGGCAGCCACAGGGGCCCGAAAGGGGGAGAAGGAGAACUGUGCUCUGUCACUCCCCUGUGGCAGUGGGCAGACCUUUUUGCCCUCCUUCUGAGCCUCAGUUUCCCCGACUGACUAAGAUGAACCCUGAGUCUCAGCUCUGACAUUACAGAGGCGAAGAGCUCCUGGAGGCACCUCUUACUCGUCCAUUGUAAUUUCAGCCCCUGACCUUGGCACAGAAAGGUUGGGGGGGGGGUCCCAAAAAUGUCAGUUCAACAAAUGAAAGGAUUCUACUUUAGCCUUCUUCCCCAUUCCCCAACAGAGAGGGCUCAUCAAGGCCCCCUCUUUGGACCCCCAGCCUGGCCCUGUGGCCCUGCAGCCAUACCUCAUCUUUCCAGAAGGUGGAUGAGACAGGGCCAGAGAAUGCCAUGUUGGCUCAUCCUUCCUGAUCCGUUGGCCCCAAGCUUACCACCCCUGGUCCUGUUCUGCUGGGCAAGAAAGUUGAGAGGCUAUGUUAGGACACGGGGCAGACCAACACAGAGGAUGAAGACCAGAUGCGAGGAGUGCAUGUUUGUGUGGGUCUGCAGGGUGGGUGAGAUGGGGACAGAUGCCCUGACGAGAAGAUUCUGGAUUCCUAGGUUUGGCACAUAACGUCAAUAGUGAAGGGCAGGAUGCCCGGCGGGGACCAAACUUGUGACUCCCCUCACCCUCCAGCAGGGAAGCAGCAUCCUUUCCCUCCAGGAGCAAAUCGUACCGGUAACUACAACAGGAGGGACAGCCAAGAGGUGUAAAUUUGGGUUUAAAUCCUGGCCCAUCCCUUUUCAGUGACUCUGGGCAAGUCCUGUCAUUUCCAAACCUCAAUUUUGCCAGCUGAGAAGGACUACCAUACCCAUCUCUGGUGUUGUGAACGUAGUAAGGUAAUAUUUUGAACAUAUGAGUCACUGCACGUCAUGUCUGGAAUGGUGUGGAAUAAGUGUAAAUUAGGAUUCAGGGGAUAAAGGUACCCCGUGUCUCAGGAAGGUGCCUGGUAUCCUAAGAGGUAGUAUGCUAGGGGGCUCACAAGGGAAGCGGGAACAAAGAGCGAUGGGGGUCAGAGGAGGGAGUGAUGAUUUCCAACCAGGAGGAAGUGGAGGAGGUGACAGGUGGGCAGGGCCAUGAAGAAGGGCAAGAUUUGCAAAGGAGAGAAGUACUCACCCAUUAUGGUUCUCUAUUGCUGUCUAGCAAGCCAGGCCAAAACUGAAUGGCUGAAGAAGCAAGGAGUUAAUUAUUCCUCCCGGUUCUGUGGGUUGGACAGGUGGCUCUUCUCAGUCUGCCCUGGGCUCCGUGCAGGUGCCUUCAGCUGGAACUGGGCCGGCUGGUGGGGCUGGCUGGGCCUCUCAUUGCAGGUGGGUCUGAUGGGUCUUCAAGCACUCAGCGGUGGCUGGAAUUUGUAAGAACGGGAGCAAGGCUGCAAGAGCUCUUAAAUACUGGGCUGAACAACUUGCAGAGUCACUUCAUCCCAUUCUGUUGAUCAAAGCAACUCCUGGAACCCCCCCACCCCGGCGGAAGUUUCAGGGGUGAGGAAUAGACUCUGCUUCUGCCUGGAAGGAGCAUGGGUGUCACAAUACAAUGGGCUGGAGGUACAUGAAGAGAUUCUGUGGCCAUCUUUGCAAACGAUCUACGAAACAGUGGUCAAUGAAAGCCUGCAGCAGGACCUCCGCCCUCCCCCCAGGUGUAGUGGAAUUCGCUGUGUGACCGUGAUAAGAGCUGUAGUUUAUCCCCAGGGCACCAGCUCAUUCUCAGCCGCUGCCCCAUCCCCAUCUGGCUCUCCCCAGUCCAUCCUCAGUGACCAGCCAGGGUGUAGGGGCCAUCGCUGGUCAGAGGACACGGACCGUGCUGGUGACCCUGCAGGGAAGGAGCAAGGAAUGAGCAUUUCCGCUUCCCUCUCUCCCCUCCCUCUUCUGCCAAGGUUCCCCUCUGCCUGAGCCCAGUCGCAAGCGGGAAGGCACAAGGGCCUGUGGCUGCCAUGCACACAGGUAGGCCUCCAGUAACAAGCAGGGUGGAGACAGGUGGACAGUGCAUCUGCAGGGGUCAGUGGAAGAGAGAUGUCCACCUUCAAGUCCAAGUUUCUUAGCCUGCCUUUUGCCACUCUUCCAUCAUCUGGCCCAGUUUUCUCCAUCCUCAUUUGUCCCCCUCCCUUAACCAUGGGCUCCCAUGAUACCAAACCAUUUGCCGUUCCUUCUAUGAGAUUUGCUCUUUCUCCCCUCUAGGCUUUGCCCACGCGGUUCCCUCUGCCUGGAAUGGCAUCUCCCCCUCCCCACCUCCCCCUUUGUCUGGAAAAUUCCUAUUCAUCCUUCAAUACUGGUUUCCUCUAUGCAAGAAAGCCUUCCCUAACGUCCCUGGUUGAGGUAGGGGUUCCACGGGGUGCCCCAGACUUCCCUUUCCUCUGCCAUGGCAGUCAGCACUGGGAUGGCUGCUGGGUGGUCACAAUCCUGUGCAGGAUACUUCUGCCUCCAGUGAUCUCCCUCUAGCCUACCCACAUGUAGCACCUGCCUCCACUGUCCAGACAAAACCCAACACCCUAAAAUAGUCUCCAACGCCCCAGGAUAAUGCCCAAACUCCUCCUCAGCCUCCAGAGCCUUCCUCAUCUGCUCCUAGACCUCACCAGCCUCCCCCGCUGGAUCUCCUCCCCUGCACCCCAUCACCCUGGCACCCCUCGCUGCUUGCGGAAUGCACGCUGCUCUUGCAUCACAGUUCCAGGGCAUGCUGUUCCCUUUCCUUGAAACAUGCUUCCUUCCAGACCUGGGUGACUUCGCUCAUCCCCAAAGGGCACCUCCUUUGUCGUCCAUCAGCACGCCCCACCCACCCUCUUACUCUGCCUCCCACCUGACUGCCCUGAACCAGAGUUAGUUACCCUCAUUUGGGGCUAGUUUUGGGGGUGAAAGGGUCAUUAAUGGGUGAGUGGACUUCUUUGUCUCCCUUUCGACUGGGACAGCCCUGAGGGCCAAGACCACAUCCUGGUCGCCCUCAGCCCCACCCAGCACCCAGCACAGGACCUAGGGCGCCUCAGCACCCCACUGGAUGAGAACUGGUUGCAUAAAUGAAUCCUCACAUGGCACUUCCUCUUGGUUCAGCACGCUAGGCCUGGGGCAGGGAUGAGGCCGAGAAGACCCAUGCCUUGCCUUUGGAGGUCAUUAAAUCAGUUCUCUAUUGCUAUGUGACAGAAACUCCAAAACUUAGCUGCUUUAAACCACAAACAUUAUUUAUUGUCUCAAAGUUUCUGAGGUCGGGAAUCUGGGAGUGGCUUCCCUAAGGGGUUCUGGCUGAGGUGUCUCAUGAGGUUGCAGCCACACUGUUGGCCUGGCCUGCAGUCGCGGAAGACUUGAGUCGGGCUGGAGGAUCCACUCCCAAGCUCACCCAUGUGGCUGUUGGUGGGAGGCUCUGUGCUCUGUGCAGGCCUCUCCAUAUGGCUGCCAAGGGCAUGGCUUCUCCCAGAGCAAGUAAAGAGAGAGAGGGACCACACUACCUUUUAUGACCUAGACUCUGUAUCACACACUAUCAAUUCUACCUUAUCGUAUUGGUGAGAUGUGAAUUCACUAAGUCCCGUCACACUCCUUACGAGGGUGUGAAUCCCAGGAUGUGAGGCCCCCGGGGGCCAGCUUGGAGGCUAGCUACCACAGUGAUGGUGGAUGAGCCCUCCGAGACCAGACUGGGCCACACCAUGCUGUGUACUGCUGCGCAAGGUAGCUUGCCAGGGCUGGCCAUAGAGAGGGUCCCCAAAUGGGUGGGGCACAGCAUGAGCAGAGAUCGGGGGAGGGAAUUCUGUCCGUGACCCCCUGGCCUGGCCUGGGAUGGAGGAGGAGGUGACCAUGAGAUUUGAGGGGGUCCGGAUGGGGGAAGGGAGUGGUGAGAGACUUGGGGGGCCGGAGGGCAGAGAAUUCUUCCCUUUGCAUGGUGACCCUGGCGGCCUCCCAUGGAAGACCACGGCAGCACAAGAAAGGAAGCUAGGGCCUGAUCUCAGAGGAGGGCUGCCCCAGAGAGUUGCCCGGUCGGGAACAGCCACACUGGACUUUGAGCAAAACAUGUCCUUUUCCUGAGAGAUUGCAGGUGUUUGUCUAGUGGUUGGCCUCCCCAGCUAACACAGUGUACCAGAACCUCACAUAUAAGGGGUCAGUUAUUAACUUAGUACCUCCUGCCUGACACUCCUCAGGGCCCCCGAGCCCGCCUCGGGGGCCUCCGCAUGGUGCAGGAGAACAGCUCCCCGACGCCAGCACACACACACACAGAUAGAUGCAGACAGAGGACGACAAGAUUUGUCAGGCGUGGUAGCAAGGGUCAGAGGCCCUUAAGGGUGGGGUGCGCUGGAGUCUUCCAGAAAUCAUGCUGCCCUUUGGCCUGGGGAGAAGUUCUCAAAUGGCAUUACCCCCAGGGAACAAAGGGCCCAGUGGGGCCCAGCCUAUGUGACACGGCUUUCUGGUGCCGGGUGGGACAGGGGUCAGCCAGCACAGCACCGCCAGCAGCCACGUGGCACGGGCCACGCGUUGGCCUCAGAAGGGAGCUGACUGUGCUUGGUGAGGGUACAGGAGGAGGCUAACACAGGGAGGGUGGAAGCUGCUGAGUGAGCAAAGAAAGGCAGGGAGCGGACACGGCGGGCAGGGCACAGGCUCGGGAUGGCCACUGUUGUGAUGGGGCGGGCAAAAGUGAGGUUGAGGGAACAGGAGGCUGGAAGGCCAGGCCUUUGUUCAGCAAACUUUGAGCGAGAGUGGUGACCAAUGCAGCCAGGGUCCCUGACUUUGCCUUGCCUACUGUCUGGGGCAACUCCUAUGUCCAGUCAGCGCGUCAGGAAUUUCUCCCUGAGGUAGGGGGGAGCCCCGGAAGGUCCUUGAGCUGGAGUGGGCCAGGGACAGGACCAGAUGGGCAGUGGAUGCCUUGGGCUGAACUGGGCAUCUGUCUUAAUGACCCCACGGAAGGGCAGAGCCAGCACCGAGCUGCUUACUGAGCACGGAAUCCAUGCCAGGCUCCGGGUGGGACGCUCUACAGGCGUUAUCUCAAUAACACCGGCAGCGACGCCCACUCUUUGUAAUCAAUGAGGUUCCUGUGUCAGAGAAGGGUAAGGACUUUCUGGAAUCCUGGGCUCGAUAGGAAGGCUGACUGCCCAGACAGCUCUUCUGUCCUGCUCCCACUCUGCCUAGUUCCAGCCUCCAACUGGGCAGAAGGGCACAAUGGAAGUGGCCGGGCCUGAGAACCCUCGAGGUGUGCCUAGCCCCCCACCCACCUGCUUGGCCCCGCCGCAUACCUCCCUGCACUGCACGCCAUCCCCACCCUUCCCCCUGCGCCACAUGCCUCCCUGAGGCUUGGUUUCAUCACCUGUAAAUGCUUCACCCAUAAGCGAGUAUUCAAUAAAUGCCAGUUCUUCCUCACUCCUCCCCUUUGAAAAUGCUAGGAAAUGGAUUUUGAAAGACCUGGGAGAGUUUGUGGAUAACACACAAGGUUUGGGCUUUUCUUAGACUCUAACUCACCCCUCACUCCUUGCUAGAAAACCUUUAACCAGUGCAAGGGGUGCCCUGUACACCCAGUUAUAUCUUUAGUGAGGAAAUGGGUGGAACCAGAUGGGCAGGAAGACUCUUCCUAGUAGCCCCUUUUAAAGGGCCCCUGAAAAGAAAAAAAAACAGCAGGAAACCCUGGCCCUAUCAAUACAAUGCCAAUGAUAGGAUCAAAAGGGGCCUCCCCCUUUAAGAAAGGCAAAAACUGUCAGAAGCUGGCAUUUGGGUGUGCCCUAGACCAAUGCUUCUCAAAACGUCUGUGGUGUAGGACCAGAUUCUUGUGUGUGUGUUGUGGGGACGGUUCCCUAAUCCAUCUUGGACCUAUUCAUUUGUAAAAUACAAUGUAAAUUACCAGAAAAAUGAAAUAUGAAAACAAAGACAAACAUA